AUGGUGUUGGAGGCUCAGUUGCAGCAGGCCAUGUUGCUGAAGAAGGUGGUGGACGCCAUGAAGGACCUUUGCAAAGACGUGAACUUCGACUGCUCGGAGAAGGGUCUUCAGGUGCAGUCCAUGGAUAGCUCGCAUGUGGCCCUAGUCUCGCUGCUUCUGCGGGAGUCCGCGUUCUCGGACUUUAAGUGCGACAGGCCGACUUCGCUUGGCAUGAACGUAGACUCGUUGGGCAAGAUCCUGAAGAUGUGUGGGCAGAACGACUCGCUGAAGCUGCGCUGGCAAAACGAUGCAGACCUCGUGAGCUUCCAGUGCGAAAGUGGUGAGGACGACCGGAUCGCCGAUUUCGACCUGAAGUUGAUGCAGAUAGAGAGCGAGCACAUGGAGGUUCCUGAGCAGCACUACAAGGUUGUGGCAAAGCUGCCCUCUGCUGAGUUUCAGAAGAUCUGCCGCGACCUCAAGGAGUUCGGGGAGACGAUGCAGCUGAAGGCCACCAAGGAGGGCAUCACCUUCAGCGUGCAGGGCGACAUGGGCUCUGGCAACGUCAUGCUGAAGCCGCGUGAGGCGGAGAAGCCCGAGGACAAGGUGAGCCUCACCGUUCACGAGCCGGUCACUGCCACCUUCGCACUGCGUUACCUGGUCAAUUUCGCGAAGGCUGCGCCGCUGUGCGGAACGGUGGAGCUCGGCCUUGGCCCAGACGCACCCCUUCUCGUGAGGUACAACCUCGAGAACGCGGACAAUGGGCACCUGCAGUUCUACCUGGCGCCGAAGAUUGACGAGUGA